AUGGACUACUUCUUUCUGUCUCCAGAACGGGAAGAAGAGGUAGAAGACGAAUCUCGUCUUGUGACCAUCUUGUGUUUGACCGAUACCGGCACCCGAUGGCCAUUGACACUUCAACUCCCCAACAAGUCUGUGGAGGUGGCUCAGUCAAAAUACUGCCUGCAGAACAUCGACCUCUACUUCAAGAACUUGAGGUAUGACAAGAUCAUCCUCCAGCACGAUGGCGAGCCCGCCAUAAGUCUCUGUGCGGGAAGCUCCGCCGAAGCAACACCAGAGCCAAGGAACUGUGGAGUCGAUGAACGGAUUCGCAGCUUCGCAAAUCCGGACUCUGUGGUUAGAUGUCAGGCAGAGGAUCCUGAGCUGGACGUGAGCAGCAACCUCACGCCAUGGCUUGUGCGCCACGCGGCGUGGCUCAUAGCCAGAUACCACACACGCAGCAGAGAUGGCAUGACGCCAUACAAACUGGUCACAGGAGGUGACUACAACCAUCCUGUAGCCACAUUGGGAGAAAUAGUGCUUGGCAAGGUGCCGAGCCCCAAAGGCAAGAUCCAACGCCGAUGGAUCAAAGGAGUGUGGCUUGGAAAGCUGGAUAGGGACGACAGCAAUGUGCUUGGCACAGCGUCAGGUGCAAUCGCUGUGCGGUCCAUAAGGCGACUGCCCAAGGAGGGACAGAUCAGCUCAGAGCUGAUGGCAGCCAUGAAGGGAACCCCUUGGCAGGCGAGAGAUGGUGUGAGACACAAGAUCACUCGUGAGUUGUCUCAGCCAAUCGCUUUUCCAGCACCAGCCGCAUCGGGUAGCCCCGAGCGAGAAGAAGCAGCAGAUCGGGAGCAUCCGACGCUGGCAGUGGACGGACACAACGUCGACCACGACGCCCUCGUGGUGCAAGCGGCGGCACAGCUAGCGGAAGAGCUGGAACCGAUGCAGGAUGCGGAGGAUUUUCCAGAUCUAGCGGGUGGCCCCGCAGACGUCAGUCCCGUUCCAACAACGCCAGCGGAAUCCGAAGUUGCAGAUCCUCCGCCGCCCGAGCACGGGCCGAGCGGGUCUCCACCGCCCUUUCGGGCAGCGGGAUGGUCCUCAAACUUGCAAAGUCUUCCCAAUGAACCCAUGAGUCCAUCUGGAUUGGGGGCAGGAGGGAAACGAGAGAGGGCUAAUCCGGGAGAACUGAAGACCGGCGAAGCUGAUGCAAAGCAGCCCCGGCAAGCAGGGAUCUUGCAGCACUUGACAACCAAAGAGAUCUGGGAGAAAAUCCAGCAAUGGGGAAACUCAGAAGAACCGAACAACCCAACCGAUCCAGCGAAUCUCCAAUGUGACAGAAUUCGUCGAUCAGAUGCUCGUAAACCGGUCUAUGUCCGAGCACCCAUCGAAUGGUGGGAUCUCUUCCUCGAAUGGCUCGAAGAAGUCAACCCAGCGGAUCGGCAAUGGUACAAGGACCGGUUCAAGGAAAUGUGUUUCCGGCUGGAUGGAAACCUCUACGGUCGAAGAACGGCCGGAUCUGUGUACAGAAACGAGCUAGAAGAGAUAGUGUGCUCGCGGGUAGACCCGCAGCGGUAUGCUUUUGUCAGGGGUCAGAAAGAUCCGUGCAUUUUCCGGUGCACCAAGACUGGUAUUGUACUGCUGCACCAUGUGGACGACAUCCGCGCAGCAGGACCUUCAGAGGCCCUAGCGCAUCUCUUCGAACAAGAACUACCGCGACACUGCGAAGUGCAAGCGGGAGAACUCGAAAAGGAGGGAACGGCAGUGGAAUACCUGGGACGCACCAAAGUGCGCAGUGAAAUUUUUUUUUUCCCUCGAGUGUGGCCGAUGUCGCGCUAA